CAAGGACAAGUCCUGUUGCGCUGUGGUCGUCGCCGAACAGGAAGUUCCGGGCAGGCGUCAGCCGUAAUGAAAGCGCCACAACUGUUCUCUGAAGACGAUAGCUUUUAUAUCCGUUUCACAUGUAUUACUAAAAGGAGAUCAUGUUGAGACAUUCUCUACAUCCAGAGAGCAACAGCAGGAAGAUCACAGAGCUAAGAGGUCUCACCACUGCCCACAUUAUUAAGUCUGAGGCCGGUAACAUCAACAAUGAGGACAAACCCAGCCUGCCUCUCUCCUUCCACACUGAGUCCAAACCUACAGUCACUGGGUCCUGAUUAUGACAGUGGAGCCCAGUUUGCACUGCAGGAUCCAGAGAUGGCAUCAGUGAAGCUGGAAGACUGCAGUCAAACACUGGAGCUGAAUGUCAACAUUAAAGAGGAAGCGGAGGAGGAGAAGAUUGGGACAUCUGUUUCUCAUGGAGACCAUGUUGAGACAUUCUCUACAUCCAGAGAGCAACAGCAGGAAGAUCACAGAGCUACGAGGUCUCACCCCUGCCCACAUUGUGAGAAGAUUUUCCCAUUUCUAUCAAAGCUAAAAGUACACCUCAAAAUACACACAGGAGAGAAUCUUUAUUCCUGUACUGACUGUGGGAAGAGAUUCACAACAUCAAGGGCUCUGACACUUCAUCAGAGAGUGCACACAGGAGUGAAGCCUUACUCCUGCUCGUACUGUGGAAAAUGCUUCACAACAUCAUCUGAGUUAACAGUUCAUCAGAGAACACACACUGGAGAAAAGCCUUAUAUCUGCUCUGACUGUGGGAAGAGUUUCUCCCACCUGUGUAACUUUAAAGCACACCAACGUAUACAUGCAGGAGAGAAGCCGUACUCCUGCUCUGACUGUGGGAAGAGUUUCUCUCAACAGAACCAUUUAAAAUCACACCAACGUAUACACACAGGAGAGAAGCCUUACUUCUGCUCUGACUGUAGGAAGAGUUUCUCCCACCUGUGUAACUUUAAAGCACACCAGCGUAUACAUGCAGGAGAGAAGCCGUACUCCUGCUCUGACUGUGGGAAGAGUUUCUCUCAACAGAACCAUUUAAAAUCACACCAACGUAUACACACAGGAGAGAAGCCUUACUACUGCUCUGACUGUGGGAAGAGUUUCUCUCGAUUGGAUACCUUAAAAUCACAUGAACGUAUACAUACAGGAAAGAAGCGUUACUACUGCUCUGACUGUAGGAAGAGUUUCUCCCACCAGGGUAGCUUAAAAAAACACCAACGUAUACACACAGGAGAGAAGCCUUACUCCUGCUGUGACUGUGGAAAAUGCUUCACAGCAUCAUUUGAUCUAAAAGUUCAUCAGAGAACACACACUGGAGAAAAGCCUUACAUCUGCUCUGACUGUGGGAAGAGUUUCUCUCAACAGAACCAUUUAAAAACACAUCAACGUAUACACACAGGAGAGAAGCCUUACUACUGCUCUAUCUGUGGGAAGAGUUUCUCUCAACAGAACAACUUAAAAACACACCAACGUAUACAUAAAGGAGAGAUGCCUCAUCAGUUCUCUCAGACCAGCUAAGAUUAAAAUCACUCCAUCACUCAAUUUUCAUCUCAUUGCUUGACUUGGACUGAAAUAGGUGCCGGUACUGUUUUAUAUUUAGCUUCCACCACAUACAUCAUUCAUAAGUAAAUUAUCUGUUAUAAAAUAUAAAUUGCUAUGUGGUAUUCACUGGACUUAAACUUCAUUGUGUUCUGUGACAUUUUAAUCACUGUGUUUUAGAGAUGAUCUCUUUAUCUAUGUAUGUUUCUACUGUGAGGUUAACACACGUCUAGCAGCUUUAAUUAGCCUGGCAUAGGUUGUUAUUCUAUUCCUAUUAUACGGUAAUUCAUCAGUUCUGCCCCACAAAGGAAAAUGUCAAUAAACUCACUGAUGUACUU